AUGUCCAACCCUUCCUCUCACCCCCUUCCCCUGCGGGACUCCCGUGGUCGCUUUGUUCGACAGGAUGCCCCAGACGUUCUCCCCUCGAGCCGUGUCUCGAGUGUUUCCCGUGGCAGCGUGGGUCGCUCCCCGCCGCGCGGUGUAUCCCCGGACCUGUUAUACAGCCGGGUGGUUUCCCCUCGAAGCGCAGAGUCGCUGGAGGGAGAGUCCGUUCCGUUGCUUGACAGCCGGAGCGUGGACUUUGAGGAUGAGAUUCAAGACCUCAUCUCGUUUGUCGAUCCCGUUGAGGAUCCGAGCUUCACGAGGGUCACCAAAAGGACUGCUCGUUCGCAUCGCGAACAACGAAGUUCGCAGGAGAGCGUGAAUACUAGUACCUUCGCUACUCCGCCAGUUGUAUCUGCCAUUGAGAAUAUGAGCCCAGAGCGGCUGCUUGAAAUAUCUGCGCGAUUUGGGCGCCUUGCUCGUGCGGGCUUUCGGGCUCGUGCGGGAGACCACUCGGAUUUGCGUUCAGCCGAAGUGGAGUCGGAUCUCCACAAGCAUGAGGAUGUGGAGCUGGGGAGUGAUAACAAAUCUCCCCUGACUGCCCCAGCCGCGGAAUCAACUCCAACGCCUGGACUGGCAGCUCCAGCGCAGCCUCCGACUUCUCUGGCACCGCCUGCCAGGGCGCCAGAGGCCCCAACGUUGCAACCAGUGAUGACACCGCCUUCGCCGGGACCGUCGAAAAUGAAGGGAAAGGGAUUUGAUCCCCGGAACUUCGGUGGAAUCGACUGGUCUGUAGAUAUGUCAGAAACUGAGCUCGAGGCGCAGCGCAUGGCUUACCAGAACUUUAAUGACAAUCUCCGACCUCUCAAGGAGGAGUCGAAGUCUAAGGCAUUUAGCAACUUACAUCUGUUAGACACAGAUAUUGCUAACAAGAAUAAUCUCGGGGAUGCUCCCCUUCUGCUGGAGGAGCCUGCCGAGCGUAUUGAUCCCCAGAAAAAUGAGGGAAAAGUUCAUUUUAGCCUCGAAGAGCAGAUUGCGAACUUACAACAGCAUAUUCAACGACUUGAGGACCAGCAGAGACAUACGGACGAAAAGUCCAGACAGCGUGCCUCAAGUAAAUCUGCGACCCCGGCGAAGAGCGCCGAACUGUCGCGUGGCAAAUCUGAGCGCCCCGUGGAUACAGCCAAGGAGCCGAGUCCAAGGAAACGUUCAGAGAAACCAAGCUCCACUCGGCUGCCCGGAGGUAGCUUCUUGGACGAUCUGGUUCGCCGAUCCGAAGAAGUUGGCCGCUCGUCCGCUCCACUGAGUGACUCGAGUGAUUCAUCCUCGAGUGACUCCUCAUCUGAUUCGUCCUCGGACUCUGAUCCUAGCAACCACUCGUCGGAAUCUGACAGUGAAGGAUCGUUGGCUGACAGUGAAGAAUCUGAUGAAGAGUCAGCGAUAAACCACUCUCGGAAGUCCAAGAAGAAAACUCACCGGAAGAAAUCAAGGAUGCUCUUGCGGCCCCAUCCUCCCAAGAAGUAUGACGGAUCAGCGAACUCCGAUAAGUAUAUCGAGUUUGUAGAUCAGAGCACCCAGUACUUGAAAUUGGGUCGCGUCGAUCCUGAGGAUCAAGUGGCUAUGCUUAGUCAUUACCUUGAAGAUAAAGCACUCACGUUCUACAAUCGGAAAGUACGUAGCAGGCCCGAGAAGUGGACCUUGAAGAAGUUUCUGAUUGGGAUGGCCAACCACUGCUUCCCGCUCGACUUUCGCAUGACACAGCGUGAGAAGUUGAAUAAGCUGAUGCAGAGUAAUAAGUCAGUUGCGGAUCAUGUCACCGAAUUUGAAAACAUACAUAGUAUGAUCGGUUUGCCAGACGACCAAGAAAAGGUCGUCAAACUCUGGGUCAGUCUUCGAGAAGACAUCCAGACAGAGUUGUGGCGGAAAGGACGUGACCCCGAAGCCACGAAAUGGAAAAUUGUGGUGAAAUCAGCUGAAAGAGCUGAGCGAUUCCUGUCUCUGAAGCCAAAACGGCACCCACAGUCACAGAACUCUGCUGGGCAGAAGCAAACGGCUCCUGACAACUCCGGAGACAGGCCCCGCAAGCCGUAUCGCCGAUUCCGCAAAUCCAAAAAAUCGGGCCAAACUGAGGUGCUUCAGACGUCCGCUGCGGGAUUCUCAGGUCAGCAGAAUGGCGCGAACCCGCGCAACACGCAGAAAGGCAAUAAAUCGGGUCCCCGAAUUCCGAACUGGGGAGACCGCCCCGGAGAGCGCAAGUUAUCGCAGCAGAAGCGAAACGAACUCCUCGCAGCAGGGCUAUGUCUAAACUGCGAGGAGGCAGGCCACAUUGCCCGAAAUUGCCCCAAACUCACAACUGUGAAAUCGAAUCAACCAGGCAAGCCGCCCGGGUUUGGGGCUCACCGUGUUGGAAUCCAAACGGUCCCCGACCUGGGCGAAACCACAGAGGUCUACGAGACCCUACAAGUCGGAUCAGUAGGGAUCGACUUCGGACUAGAAGAGGGUGGAAAUACCCGUGAAACUUUUGAUUCCAAAGACGAUCCCAUUGGGGACCUGCCGGCGCGGUGGGCUGAGAUCGUGCUCGAGCAUCUCGGACAAGACUCAUCCUGGGAUGGUAAGCGGUUCCUGGUAUACGGAAUCAGCGACACGCACCAUGUAGUGGUUGACGCCAUGCUCAACACAAGCUUUGAAAUCUGUAGCGAGCAGUUGCGGGAUCCUCACUUUCAAAUUGGCAUGUGGAUUGCCCGGCAAAUACAGACUCACCUGGAGCUCGAUCCGGACGAUGUGCCCCGCGAGGAGCCGUAUAUUGAUGAGCUGGGCGACCCGUAUCAAGCUAUGGUCGCACUUACCCUCGGAAACGAUGAUUUUGAGGUCGGGAAUGUAUCAAACAGGUCAUACCGUGUCCAAAAGUCAGACGGACAACAGUCCACCUUGGCGAAGUCCAGUCUUGAAGACCGAUCAUUUAGAUUGAAGGCGUGGGCCAGAGAGGCGUUCAUCAGCCCGGAGCAGCCAAGCGAUUCAGGAGCUCUGGAGCUCAGAGAAGUGAGCAAUGGUCCAAAGAACGCACAAUAUGACUCCGAACCUGAUCUCGAGGAUAUCCCUGCACUUCAGAGUGUCAGCGACUCUUCGGAUGAGGAGGCCACAGACUCCGAUUGCGGUUCCGAGUGUUCUUUCGACUUCUUUCCGACGAGCGAGGAGGAACGUCUUGACGAAGACGUCCAUGGACCAAAUCCGGGUCUGGCCGAUGGGCCGAUCAACCGUGAUGAGCGUGAGGGAACUGAUCGAUAUGAUCAGACCUCCGGGCAAUAUCGUCCUAUGGGAGACUUGCUUGCGGAGGGCGCAAGAGCGUUCCUGGAGACGUUCCAGCCAUAUCCUGGCGACGACCUCAUGGCCGUAGACAAUCCCUGUCAGACACGCGAUCGAUUCAAAGUACUUCGAAUUUCAAGAUCUGAAUAUCUCAUCUGGGAUGAGCUCUCACACGAGAUGACGGCAAUCCCAGAGAAAUUAUUGCGCAACCCAAAAUUUGAGCUCGCAGGCUGGUCAGCGAAGACCACGGGCUGA